AGAGCCGCGCUGCAGAGCCGCGGGGCGCGCCCGGCCCCACGCCGCCACCCACGGCCCCGCGCCCGCGCUUUUCUCUCCCUCGCUUUGCGAAAGUUCGCCCCUCUCCGCCGCCCUUCUGAAUUUUUGCCUCGGAGGAGUCGGGAAAAGAGAAAGAGAACGUUAAAAACUUUUGCAAACUUUUCCAGCUUCUUCCCCCCUCUCGCAGCCGGGCUGCGCGCUGGUGGAGACUCCGUCUCUGCCGGCUUUACUUCUUGUUUUUAACCCUUCCCCGCCCCUCAGCCGCCCGGUUGUUUUUUUUCUCUCCGUUUUCUCCUCCCCUGAUCCCCCUGUGCCGCUUUCUCGCAUGAAUCUCCUAGACCCCUUCAUGAAAAUGACAGAAGAACAGGACAAAUGCAUCUCCGACGCCCCCAGCCCCACCAUGUCGGAUGACUCCGCCGGGUCCCCCUGCCCCUCCGGAUCCGGCUCGGACACGGAGAACACCCGACCUCAAGAGAACACCUUCCCCAAAGGCGACCCGGACCUGAAGAAGGAGAGCGACGAGGACAAAUUCCCCGUGUGCAUCCGCGAGGCCGUGAGCCAGGUGCUCAAGGGCUACGACUGGACCCUGGUGCCCAUGCCCGUGCGGGUGAACGGAUCCAGCAAGAACAAACCCCACGUGAAGCGCCCCAUGAACGCCUUCAUGGUGUGGGCCCAGGCGGCUCGAAGGAAGCUGGCUGACCAGUACCCGCAUCUGCACAACGCCGAGCUCAGCAAGACGCUGGGCAAGCUGUGGAGGCUGCUGAAUGAGAGCGAGAAGCGUCCCUUCGUGGAGGAGGCCGAGCGGCUGCGGGUGCAGCACAAGAAGGACCACCCCGACUACAAGUACCAACCACGCAGGAGGAAGUCGGUGAAGAACGGGCAGUCGGAGCAGGAGGAGGGCUCCGAGCAGACCCACAUCUCCCCCAACGCCAUCUUCAAGGCGCUGCAGGCGGACUCCCCGCAGUCAUCCUCCAGCAUCAGCGAGGUGCACUCCCCCGGGGAGCACUCAGGGCAGUCGCAGGGUCCCCCCACACCCCCCACCACCCCCAAAACGGACGCUCAGCAGCCGGGCAAGCAGGACCUGAAGCGCGAGGGCCGCCCUUUGGCGGAAGGCGGCCGCCAACCUCCCCACAUCGAUUUCCGAGACGUGGACAUCGGCGAGCUCAGCAGCGACGUCAUCUCCAACAUCGAAACCUUCGACGUCAACGAGUUCGACCAAUACCUGCCCCCCAACGGCCACCCGGGGGUCCCGGCCACCCACGGCCAGGUCACCACCUACAGCGGUACCUACGGCAUCAGCAGCUCGGCCAGCUCUCCGGCGGGCGCCGGGCACGCCUGGAUGGCCAAGCAGCAGCCACAGCCCCCACAGCCCCCAGCACAGCCCCCGGCACAGCACACACUGCCAGCACUGAGCGGUGAGCAGGGUCCGGCACAGCAGCGGCCGCACAUCAAAACAGAGCAGCUGAGCCCCAGCCACUACAGCGAGCAGCAGCAGCACUCCCCGCAGCAGCAGCAGCAGCAGCAACAGCAGCUGGGCUACGGCUCCUUCAACCUGCAGCACUACGGCUCCUCGUACCCCCCCAUCACCCGCUCGCAGUACGAUUACACCGAGCACCAGAACUCCGGCUCCUACUACAGCCACGCCGCCGGGCAGAGCGGGGGCCUCUACUCCACCUUCACCUACAUGAACCCCACGCAGCGCCCCAUGUACACCCCCAUCGCAGACACGUCGGGGGUGCCCUCUAUCCCGCAGACCCACAGCCCGCAGCACUGGGAACAGCCCGUCUACACGCAGCUCACCCGGCCUUAAAGCCACGUGAAGGCAAAUAAAUAAAUAAACAAACCAAUCAGAAAGGAAAGAAAAGAGGAGGAAAAAAAAAAAAAAGAAAGGAAAAAGAGUAAAAGAAGGCAGUGAGAGUGGAGGACUUCUGUCAGACUUUCCUUUCUUACAAAUCGAAAUGAUGAUUGAAGAGAAAAAAAAAAAAUUGUUAAAAAAUUAAAACAUGCACGAGUUCAAGCUGGGGAGCGCCCACAGCGCCCGGAGCUCAGUGCCGGCCCCCAUGGACCCAAUGCAUGGGCAUGGGCUGGAGGUGUCCUCUGUUUGCUGGACUUUGGUUACAAGUUGGGUUUCUUAAGGGUUUGUUUGGGUUUUUUUUUAGCAGUAAUUAAAGAAAAGGAGAAAAAAAAAUAAGGGGGGGUGGGAGGGGUGGGGGGAGAAAAAGAGAAAGCUCAGUCCUCUGUGAGGAAAAAUUCUCUAUUUUAAAUAUUUUUUAGUAUGUACUGUGUAUGAUUCGUUACCGAUUUGAGGGGAUUUAUACCUAUUUUGUAGGGAUUUUUUUUUUUUUUUUUUUGGUAAAAUGCUCUUUAUUUUUCCAACAGCUGAGAAGUGAACGCUUAGCAGGGGCAGCGCUCGGGUUUUUUUGUGCAGUCAGAGGUAUUUUUGUAUAGCUUGGUGUCUUUUUGUUCUCUCUAAGAAAUUAAUAAAAGGAGAAGAGGAAAGCAAAGCUGGGCCACGUGCUUCUCGCUGCCAUCGGUGCUGCGUAGGGUCAGCUCAGCGGGGAUGGGCGUGGGGAAGAAGAGGUUUUCUAUUUUUCUAACUCAAGAGUAGUGCAAAAGUAAAAAGAAAGAAAUGAAAUAACUAAAAAAGAGCGGCCGGGAGGAGAUUUUUUUAUCGUUAUUUUUUCAUAACCUUCAGCCUUAAAAAAAAAAAAAAAGAAAAGAAAAAGAAACCAGCAAAAAAAAAAAUAACCGACGCUCUGGCAAAGCCUUAAAGCAGCCCUGCGCUGAUCAGCUGGCCCAGCUCUGCGCACACAGCCCAGGGCUGACACUGAGGGUCCCCGGCCCCGGGGGGGUCAACAGAGACUGUGUUUGUUCCCUGAGAAGAGCAGUUUUGAAUCACCAUUUAAUAAGAAAAAAAAAAAGAAAAAGGAAAAAAAAAAAAUCUCCCUUUCUGUCCUUUAAGUCCCUUCGAAGAGCAUUGCGGGAGCGUUGUUGGGAAGGUAACGGUGCCUGUUAAAUUAUGGUCAGAACUGUAACCAGUCCUUUUAUUUAUCUCUCUUAAUUCUGUUGUUAUUAUUAUUAUUAUUAUUAUUCUUUUGUUGUUGUUGGGUUUUGUUUUGGACUCCGUGUCCUGGGUUUGUACAAACUCGCGCUCUUCCCUUAUUUUUCUUUCUUAAGGAGAAACUGGAGGAAAAAAAAAAGUAAUAA